AUGGAACGAAAGCAGUGCAAACUUUUUUUUAGAAACUGCUGUAAAGAGGAAAAUGUCACUUCCAUAGAAAAUAACCAUCAGACAAACGAGCACAAUGAAGUAUACUACAUAAGUGAGAACAAAGAAAUGCAUGAACAAGUUGAAGAAAGGCCAAUAAUAAAUGUAAAGGGUGACCAACCAGUAUUUAACAUUCCUGUUUAUCAAGAUAAAUAUAUUAGAGACAGAAUAAUUGAAACACCGAAAUAUGAAAUUCAAGAUGUUAUACAACCAAAACAGUACACACAAGAAACGAAGCAUGAUUUACCAACAGUUGAAUUAUUAUAUAAAGAAAGAAAAGUGAAUGUAUCUCAAGAAAAAAUAAAAGAAACACCAGUAGAAGUGGAUAUGCCUAUAGGAUAUACUCCAAUAUUUUCACCCAUAUGGGAUGUAAGAGAAAUCCCUAGGGUCAUACCAAAAUAUGAAGGACAACAAAAGGUAAUAGAAGUUGAAAUUCCUCAAAUAAAAUAUAUUGACAAAUUUGUAGAAAAAGAAAUUAUUGUUGAUGUAAAGGAAAAAAUUAUUCCGAAAAUUACACAAGUUGAAAAACAAGUGGAUAUAGUCAAAUAUGAAUGGAAAGAAAAGUAUCAGGAUGUUCCUGUCUGUAAAUAUGUUCCAAAGAUAGAUGUUGAGUUGGAUUGUCCUCCCCCUCUUAUAGUUCCUUAUCCAGAAGUUCAUUUUCAAAAUAUGUCUCAGGUUAUGAACCCUAACCAAAGAGCUGCGGAUAUCCCACCUGAGCUGCUUCUAAGAAAUAGUUCCCUGUUCAACAAUGCAUUUACGGCAGAUGCUGAACCCACUGGCAUUGCUCAUAACAGCUGGAAUAACUACGUAGGUGAUAACUGCGAGGGUAAUAACUACGAAGGUGAUAACUACCACAGGAAUGACUUCCACAGGAAUAACUACGACCGGAAUAACUAUGACAGUGGCAAGUAUGACAAAAACAACUAUCACCACGAACGUGGUUAUAAGUAUGGAAAUUCCCCAUGCACUUCAAACAUGCACGUAGGAACCUCUGUUAAGAAGUCCUUACUAGACGCUGUGAGACUGAAUUCAAAAAACAGCAGAAAGGAUAAGCAACAGAGAGAAUCACAAACAAUGACAUAUACGGAAUUAAAGAAGAAAAGAAAUAAUAACAAUUGGCCUUUUUGCACUUUUAAAAAUUGUAAUGAUUUAGAAAAACAAAAACAUUUGGAAGAUAUCGAUCCUCAAACUGGCUAUCCCUUGUCAAUGCCUAAAGACUUUGCUGCAUUUUUUAAAGAUGAUUUAAAUACAGUUAAGAAACAAUUGGGAGAAAAAAAUGAUACAAAAUCAACUAUAUCUAGUAACCUUAUUGAAAAAAGUCCUGUCAAUCCUACAAUUGAAUAUUUAGGGAAAAUUGACAAGCCACCAAUUGAUGGAGGGAAAUUAGAUUCUAUAUCAUUCAAAUUACAUGCUAUUGAAGUGCAUCAAUUCAUUCCUGUACCAAGUCUACCCAAGCCCAAAUUCUUAGAUAUAGUACCACCUGAACAUGUUCAGAACAAUGAUAUUUCAUCUCUUCAAAAUGUAUUCGGACAAGUGCCAGAAGGGUGGGUCGACCCAAAUAUUACCGGAUUCAUUGCUCCUAUGAUGUACGACAUAUUACAAGGUAAUGUCCAGCCUCAAAGUCCAUUAUUUAACAAACUCAGCAUUGCAAAAGAAAAUAUUACUGGCUCCUAUCCCUCCAUGCACGUCCUUCGUAAAGAGGAAAGUAACAGCGGUAGCCGUGGAAGUGCAGAUAUAGGACAAAGCUCUGGAAAUAUACAGCAUAGAGGAAGCAGUAACGGUAACUACAUGCAGACGAAUAAUGAACCAGAAAAUGAAUCCACAAAUAAUAUCAUCAACUAUAACACCAAUUCUUCUCUCAAUUAUGUCAACGAAAAUAACGAAUCCUAUGACACGCUAGUGAACUGA